GCGCCCACUGCUGCGCUCUGAAUCCACGCAGGCAAAGAUGAGUUACGGAUCUGAUAUGUUCUCCUCCUCCUCCUACAGGAGGAUUUUCGGGGAUUCUCCCCGUUUCUCCUCUCCAUCGCGCUCCUCAGUAAGCGUGUCCUCCCGAGGGGGAUACCGUUCCUCCUCCUUGUCCCGAACCAGCAUCCCCUCUGUGGGCUCCUACAGCAGAAAGUCCGGCCGCUCCUUCUCCACCCCGCUGGAGACAUUCGACCUGACCCAGAGCAGCGUCCUCAACAAUGAGUUCAAAAUCAUCCGCACGAACGAGAAGGAGCAAAUGCAGGGUCUCAAUGACCGCUUUGCCAUGUUUAUCGAGAAGGUUCGCAACUUGGAGCAGCACAACAAAGUGCUGGAGACGGAGCUGGUGGCGCUGCGUCAGCGGCAGGCAGAGCCGUCCCGUCUGGCGGAGCUCUACCAGCAGGAGAUCCGAGAGCUGCGCUCCCAGUUGGACGAGCUGAACGGAGAGAAGUCCCAGCUGGUGAUAGAGAGGGACAACAUCGACGACGAACUGCAGAAACUCCGCGGGAAGUACGAGGAGGAGUUCCGCGCCAGAGAGGAGGCGGAGGCCACCCUCAAGGCUUUCAAGAAGGACGUUGACGAUGCCACCAUGGUGCGCCUGGACCUGGAGAAGAAAGUCGAGUCCCUCCUGGACGAGAUUAACUUCCUGAGAAAGGUGCACGAAGAGGAGGUGGUCGAGCUGACGGACAUGAUCCAUGCCGCGCAGGUAUCAGUGGAGAUGGAGGUGGCCAAACCGGAUCUCACCUCCGCCCUGAAGGAGAUCCGCGGCCAGUAUGAGUCCAUGGCGUCCAAGAACCUGCAGUCUGCCGAAGAGUGGUACAAGACCAAGUUUGUGGACCUGACGGAGCAGGCCAACAGGAGCAACGAGGCCAUCCGAGCCAGCAGAGAGGAGGCGAACGAGUUCAGGAGGCAGCUUCAGUCCAAGAUCAUCGAGAUAGAGAGCCUGCGGGGGACCACCGAGUCUCUGGAGAAGCAGCUACACGAGAUGGAGGACAGACACAACAUGGAGAUUAACUCCUACCAGGAAAGCAUGGCUGAGCUGGAAAAUGAACUGAGGACCACCAAGAGUGAGAUGGCUCGACAUCUAAGAGAAUAUCAGGAUCUUCUCAAUGUCAAGAUGGCCCUGGAUAUAGAAAUCGCAGCAUACAGGAAACUCCUGGAAGGGGAGGAGACCCGCAUUGGAACAGGCAUCACCUAUCCUAGCCCCUCCAUAAGUGGGGGUGUCGGGCAGGGCUACAGCUACCAGACCCGAAUCUACAGCAGUUCUGGAAAGACCUCCAAGAAGGAGGGCAAGGAGGAGGAGCAGCUUCAGAGCAAACCCACUGGGAAGGUGUCCCAGCGUGAGGUUUAUGAGGAGACUGUCGUGACAACCAAGAAGAUGGAGAAGCAGCAAGAAGACGUACCCACUAAUCAGAAAAACUAAAAACUUACCCGUAGGCUGUCCUAAAACCACUGAAUCUUUUCGUUUUGUUUUUUUUUUUGCAAACAAGCAGCCCUUUUGAUUUACCAUCUUCAUAAGCAAUCAUUUUAUUGCAUCAAAAACAGAACAUUUAAUUCACAAAGUUAUUGUUGAAUAACAACAGACACUUUGGUAGCAUUUUCCUCAAAGUCACACUCUUUAAAGGUAAUAAUAUUCAACUGGUCUUCGUCACUAAUGUUCUGUCAUCAUAUAGGACUGGCACAGUAAACAAUAACUCUGGUUUGUCUUCAUACCACAAGCUGCAAUGUAAUCGCAACACGUCUUAAGGGGAACAAAUGUGUGACUGUUAGGGUGCACGAUACCACACAAAAAUAAGUCAGAAACACAUCAACUGCCACACUUUUAUCAGAGACAGUUUCAGGAAGAAAUAGACUAUAUCAUAAAUACACAGUCUAAGAAGAAAUUAAGCUAUAGUUAUCAGGUUAACUCUUACAGUUUUUCCUAUGAUAAAAGGUGAUUAUAUUGAGGAAUUCUGUUCUUGGUUGAACUCUAUUCACAAUUUAUCGAAAAUCUUACUGUCUCAUAACUUUGUUAUUUUAAUGAGAGUAAAACUUGAAUCAAUCAAUUUCUGAACUGUUUUAAUUAACUUUUGUUUGCAUGUGCCAUGCCUGGCUGGUUUUUGUCAACUCUCUGCUCCUUAGACGGAUGGUUGUUUGUUGUUUUUAACAUGGAAGCUGAACUCCACUUUUAUCAUACUUAAGAUGCAGCUUUAGGCCACCAAUAAUGUGAAUAACUGGAAGAAAGCAAUCUUUAAAGCACUAAAAUGGAAAUUAAUUACAUAAGCUUGGAAUGACUUACUGUUUGCACAAUGUUUAAUUAAGGAUAAAAGGAAUAAUGCUUUUUUAAACACUAUUAACACUACUGAAGAUGAUGCCAUAUUGUACUUAAAAAGUUUCGGGUCUGGUUGAAUAUAUGUGGGAUCACCACACAUUAUUCUUUAACACAAAUGCAUGAAAUUCAGUUUGAUUUUAUGUCUCUGGGUGUGAUUUAUUCUAUACACACUAAAAAGGAAAAAAAAGAAAAAAAAAAAAAACACCAUAAAGCACAUUUAAACCCCACAGUCACAUGACUCCAGUCUGAAGAUGCAUGUGCCAAUGACACAAAACCUCUUAGAGUUAAAUGAAAACCUGCAGGAUCACUGAACAACACGACCUUGCCUCUUCAUAACUGUGGCCAUGAUUGGAUAAAAUGUCUGUAGUAUGAUUACACUACUAGAAUAAGUGUGAAGCUUAUAGCUUAUUUAUUUUUGUUAACUCUUGCUUGUGCACUGCCACGCUCUCCAUGUCAUGGUGAUCAAUGCCUUGACAAACUAUACUCACUUUACAAGUAGAAGCAAAGAACUUGCUGAUUGUAUUAGCUAGCUGCUCUGGAUCUGAUUGUUUACCUGAAGCUUGUGACAAGUAUCCUAGUACUGUAUACAUGUGCUUUUGCACAAUGGUCUAACAAGUGGGACAAUAGGCAUCGUAUUUUAUUGAAUGCUGUCAGCUCUUAUGUGAAGCGUGCAAUUACAAUGUAUGAAUGGCUCAUGGUGGCAAAAGCCUUACACUGUAAACCAAAAAAACAAACAAAACAAAAACAAGAGGUCACUGCGGCACUGCCAAACUUUUUUAAAUGCACAUUUAUUCUCAAAAGGAAUAAGCAAAGUACAAUAUGUCACCAAUUCAUAAUCAACAGUCGAUAUGAAAUCAUACCAUAAAAACA